UCUGAAACCAAUCUGUGAUAACCGUGACUGAACUUAUCUUGUUCUGUUCAAUCUUUGCAGCCAUGCCCAAUCAAUUUCAAAACGAGUGCUUAAGCGCCCACAAUAAGUACCGAGCCCAGCACGGAGCACCUCCGUUAAAAUGGUCCUCAAAACUGGCUUCGGACGCAGAAAAAUGGGCCAAGCAGCUAGUGAAGCUAAACCGCCUUCAGCACUACAGUGGGGAUGAUGGAGAAAACCUUGCAUAUGCUUCAGGAUAUGAAAUGACAGGUCAAAGGGCGGUGGACAUGUGGUAUGAGGAGAUCAAAGACUACAGUUUUGGCAACCCGGGAUUUUCUUCAGGAACUGGCCACUUCACUCAGGUUGUCUGGAUAGGCUCCCAGGAGAUGGGUGUCGCCAAAGCUAGCAACGCUAAUGGGACACAAUUCGUGGUCGCACGUUACUCCCCUGCAGGGAAUGUGCUUGGGCGCUUCCCAGAAAAUGUCAAACCGAAGGGGUCGAAAAUAUCCAAGGACGCUGGUAAACAAACGGAACAGCCACGUGGUAAGCCGACGGGUCAUGGGAACGUGCACGUGACUAUCAAAACCGGUGGAGAUAAAGACAAGCCACAGAGUGCCAGAGAAUUCAAAAAUGAAAUGCUCAAGUCACACAACGAAAUCCGCGCUCAACACGGUGCGACUUCUCUCAAGUGGAAUUCCAAACUGGCGUCAGAAGCUCAAAGCUGGGCAGAAGACUUGGCGAGUAGGAACACUAUACAGCCCAGCAGCUCCAACGACUACGGAGAGAACAUCGCUUAUAUGUCCGGGGCACAACUUACAGGGAGAAAAGUGACAGACAUGUGGUAUGAGGAGCACGAUAAAUACAACUAA